AUGCUCAAGUCCCUCUCAACCUCGCUGCUCUUGGGCACGAGCCUCUUCACCACCAUCCUCGCCGCCCAUGACGCCCAAGUCCCUCUCUCCGACCCGUCAAGGCAUCACCAAGUCGACCCAGAUAUCAUCAAUGCAUUGAAAAAGCACUCUGAUCCUGUUGAUGCGUAUAUUUCACUCCAUCCCGAGGCUGCGGACCAGCUCGCCCAGCCGCGGUUGCUUCGCGUGUCUGGUCAAGACCCCAAAUGGAUGACCGAAGGCGAUAAGCUUCGCCUCAAGCGCAAGGGCAAGAAGUUUGUGGACAUUACCGAUCAUGAAGAGUUCUAUAAGCAGAAUGUGAAUGCAUUGGCUGGCCAGGCUCAUUUACCCAAGCUCUCACACCACGGCAUCGUCAAACCACUGCUUCCCCAGGUUUCUACAAAGAGAAUGCACGAUGUUCUCGAGCACAUGACCAGCUACUACACGCGAUAUUUCGGCAGUGUUACCGGCGAACAGAGUGCGCUGUGGCUGCAUGACCAUAUUGCUGAUAUUAUCAAGGAAUCCCCAUUUCACACACAUAUAUCGCUCGAAUUCUUCACCCAUUCGUUCCCGCAACCGUCAAUAAUUGCUCGCUUUGAGCCUAAAGUGCGAAACUUUUCCCUCCCACUCACAAUCAUCGGCGCCCACCAAGACUCUAUGAACUAUCUCUUCCCACUGCUCCCUGCGCCUGGUGCCGACGACGACUGUUCCGGCACCGUGAGCAUUCUCGAGGCGUUCCGCGUCCUAGCGACGAGCGGCUUCAUUCCCAUCAAUGGACCUGUUGAGUUUCACUGGUACGCUGCCGAAGAGGGUGGUCUUUUGGGCAGUCAGGCCAUUGCUCGGUAUAAGAAGGAGUCGGGUGCUCGUAUUGGCGCCAUGAUGGAGUUUGACAUGACUGCGUUUGUGGCCCGCAAUGCUACUGAGUCGAUUGGCUUCAUCGAGACUGAGGCGGAUGCCCCGUUGACGAAGUGGGCGGCCGAACUUGCUAAUGCAUAUGUUGCCAUUCCGGCCAAGAUAUACAAGCUUCCAAGUGGCGCUGGCUCCGAUUACAUGUCUUUCACACAGCUAGGAUACCCGUCGGCUUUUGCAUCCGAGGGCAACCCAUCGGCUGGCCCGUUUCCUGGGGAAUUCGACCCCUAUGUUCACACCGCCAAGGAUACUAUGGACAUUAACGAUGAGACUGGCGUCUUUUCACUCGAGCACAUGGCCCGAUUUUCCGAACUUGCCAUCGCUUUCGUCGUUGAACAGGCUGGUUGGGACAACAAGUGGAGGUAG